AUGGCUCGUACCAAGCAAACCGCUCGUAAGUCCACCGGAGGAAAAGCUCCUCGCAAACAGCUGGCCACUAAGGCUGCUCGUAAGAGUGCUCCAGCCACCGGAGGAGUCAAGAAGCCUCAUCGUUAUCGGCCAGGAACCGUUGCUCUGCGUGAGAUCCGUCGUUACCAGAAAUCCACCGAGCUGCUGAUCCGCAAGUUGCCCUUCCAGCGUCUGGUUCGUGAAAUCGCUCAGGAUUUCAAGACCGAUCUGCGUUUCCAGAGCUCGGCCGUCAUGGCUUUGCAGGAAGCUAGUGAGGCCUAUCUGGUUGGUCUGUUCGAGGACACCAAUCUGUUAGUUGUUGUGUCAAUGACUGGCCGCGGCAAAGGAGGAAAAGGUCUAGGAAAGGGUGGCGCCAAGCGUCAUCGCAAGGUUUUGCGUGAUAACAUCCAGGGAAUCACCAAGCCCGCUAUCCGUCGUCUGGCUCGUCGUGGAGGAGUCAAGCGUAUCUCCGGUUUGAUCUACGAGGAAACUCGUGGUGUGCUGAAGGUGUUCCUGGAAAACGUAAUCCGUGACGCUGUUACCUAUACUGAACACGCCAAGCGGAAGACCGUCACUGCCAUGGACGUCGUCUAUGCCUUGAAACGCCAGGGACGCACUCUGUACGGUUUCGGAGGUUAAAUCAUGCCAUGAAUGAAAUGCUAUCAAAACGGCCCUUUUCAGGGCCACAAAAAGUUUUUUGGAGGAGUUCUCUUGACUUGAGUUUUUUUUAUUGUAUAACGCAAAAAAGGAAGAGUAGCUUAGUAAAUCUUAUCUGUUUUAUACUAAUUUCAGUUAAUGAUAAGCAUCAUUUUAUGAAUAUUAUACUGUUAAUAGAUCAUUCAGGGCCGAUCAGACUUUUGGGCGAAGUUAUACUGAACUGUACAAAGAUGCCAUGCAAUA